UCAGUUACCACCAUCUCGCGAGUGCUGCUGACCGGGGCGGUGGUUCGUUCUCGAAGGGAUAUAUAACGAGGUUAUCGCGCACAGGGUCGGGAUACAGUCAGAAUAAGCAGAUAUGCCUCGAGUAACCAUCGUCGGAGCGGGCGUGUUCGGAUUGACGAUCGCCGAGUCGCUACCCCUGCACUACGAUGUCACGAUCGUCGCGCGCGAUAUGCCAGGGGAUGCGGACUCGUUGGAUUGGGCAAGUCCUUGGGCGGGUGCGGGGUGGGGAGGGGGAACGGGAGCAAGUCCGGAGGAGAUCGAGAUCUUGAGAGCCAGCUGGCGGUACUUUUGGGAGCUAUCAGGGACUUGCCCAGCAGAGUCAACGGUCAAGCGUAUCAAAGCCGUCUACAUCCGCGACAACAAGGACACCGACGAGGACAUCUGGUGGCGGGGCAUGAUGCCCGACUACCGCGUCAUGGACCCCUCCGAGCUCCCCGCCAGCGCCGGCGCCAAGAUCGCGAUCACAUACACCAGCAUGGUCAUGGUCGCGCCGCGCUACAUCGAGUGGUUACGGAGGCGCGUUGAGGCUAAGGGGGUGAAGUUCGUGCGCGCCACCGUGUCGUCCUUUGACGAGUUUCGCUCGCCGUCGGACAAGUUCGGACCUGUGCCGGACGUGCUGGUGAACGCGACGGGGAAUGGCGCGAGGGAGCUUGUGGGCGACCCUGACGUCGAGCCUAUUCGCGGGCAGACAAUCCUCCUUCGCGACACAGAUGGCCAGCUAUCGAAGCAGAUGAUGUUGCGCUCGGGCAACUACUACUGCUACAUCAUCCCUCGACUGGAUGGCACUGUGAUCAUCGGCGGAAUCAAGGACCAUGGCAGCACGUCCCCCGAGAUCAGUCCCGAGCAGAAACUGGAUAUAUGCAAGCGCGCUCACGAACUCAACCCCCUCAUCCCCACCGAUCCCGCCAAGCUCGACGUCGUACGCGACAUUGUUGGCCUCCGACCAGGACGAAAGAGCGGUCUACGGGUUGACAGCGAGAUCGUCGAUGGUCUCAAACUCGUGCACGCAUACGGCGCCAGCGGAGGCGGCUUUGCGCUCUCUGCGGGGGUCGGCCGCAAGUGCGCAGCGCUGGUGGACGCGUUGCUGAAUCCGGCGGGUCCCUUGAAGCCGUACUGAACGCGUUGGACAUGUGUGCGAAUGCAAGAUGUAUUUGGUACGGAUUGAGAAGCCAUUGUCAUCUGAAGCGAGAUAUAGCAGCGAAACUGAGAGCGCUGUAUUUGACCCUCCUAGCUGUCUUCGACGUCGCGGUC